GGGAUUUUAGCGGAAGCCGGGCGGCCGGUGGAAAACAUGUCGUGGUUGCUGAGCUGCGACCGGGCGGAACGGGAGCAACUCAAAGCCCUUCUCCUGGCGCUCCUCAACUUCACCGCCCUCCUCAUCGAGUACAGCUUCUCCCGUCACCUCUACAGCUCCCUCGAGCAUCUCACGGCGUUGCUGGCCUCGUCCGACAUGCAAGUGGUGCUGGCGGUGCUCAACCUCCUCUACGUCUUCAGCAAACGCUCGAAUUAUAUCACGCGCUUGGGCUCCGACAAGCGCAGCCCCCUCCUCUCCCGCCUCCAGCACCUGGCUGAGAGCUGGGGAGGAAAAGAAAAUGGCUUUGGGUUGGCUGAGUGCUGUCGGGAUCUGCACAUGAUG